GGGAUGAGUGUGCCCAAAGGGGUGGGAGGCCGCGGGCAGGUCCGGGGUCCGCGAGCCGGGAGCGGGGGUCCGCAGGGCCCGGGGCGACAGGGGGCGCGCGAGGACCUGGGCGGGGCCGCACCUGUGCUGCGGGGCUGCGGGGAGAAUGGGGCGGCCGGGGCCCCGGAGCAGCUGCGCGCCCCGCCCCGCGGGCUCCUCCCCGCCGCCGCGGCCCCCCGGCUGCUGCCCGAUGCGCUGCGCCGGGAUCCAGGGACGAAUCGACACCGCAGCUGCAGGGUCGCCCCGGCCGGGUGACGCCGAGGCCCGCAUGGAGGCCCCGGAGGGCGCCGGGCCGCGAGAAAUAGCUAAGGAGGUUGCGGUGCCACAGGCUGCCCUGGGCACCCUGGCCCAUGAGAAGGGGGACAGCUGCCACUCGCCCGUGGUGGAGGAGGAAGUGGGCACCCCAACACCGGCACCAGGGCUCCUGCAGGUCUCAGAACGAAGGCAGCCCCUGAGCAGCGUCUCCUCUCUGGAGGUGCACUUUGACCUCCUGGACCUCACCGAGCUGACCGACAUGUCCGACCAGGAGCUGGCCGAGGUCUUUGCCGAUUCCGACGAUGAACAGCUGACCAGCGAGUCACCAGCAGGCCUGCACCCACUGCCCCGGGCCGGCUGUCUGCGAUCCCCUUCCUGGACACGCACAAGGGCCGAGCAGAACCGUGAGAAGCAGCCCCUCGGCGACCCUGAGCGGCAGCCAGCAACUGUGGACACAGUUCUUACUGUGGAGAGGCCCACGGAGAACUAGGCCAGCCGGGCCACGGCAGGGGAGACCUGACAGCGUGGCCCCCACACCCCAGCACAAGCACAGCCCAGUGGCCUUAUGUCCAGCUCCUUCCCGGUCCCUGAAUCAGGGCUGACAGUGCCCGGGGAAGAGACGUGAGCGGCCUGGGCCUUCUGGAAACUUGUCUGCAGGACUGGUGCUCUUGUCUGUCACAAGAUUCCCAAGUGGGUGCCAGGUGAGGGGGAAUCUGAGCAGGUGACCCUUGAUCUGCAAACCCCUUGGGGUCUCAAAGUUCUGGUGUGCGUGCCACACCAAGUUCCAGCCCAGAGGAUGCCAAGUACAUGGUUGGGGGACUCAGUCCUGAAAAUUGCCACCUUGAUUUCAACCCCGUCCCCUUCCUGCCAUCCAGGGAGCACUACCUGCACCAGGGUCCCCUCCUGAGGCCCUAAGACCCUGCAAGACAGCCGGGCGGAGCCGCCUUAGCUCAGAACACCAAAUAUGGCAUAUGACGUACUCAGGCUGCUUGAGGGGGGUGCGGGGCAGGUGGGGUUUGCCGUCUUCCCAUCCCUUACACAUGACAUAUCCCCACAGCCAGUCACGCACAUGCGUGGUGUCCCCAGCCAGCAUCCUGGCCUGGGGUGGAAUGGCCGAAGGGGGACUGGGGAUGUCAGGGACACCAGGCUCAGCUGCCCCAACAUUGCUUUCUAUGGACAGAAUGGGCUCUGGUCCAACUGCGAGUCCAAGAUCGGUUUUAAAAUAAAUGUGUGAGCUUGCUUUUUGACCCCAAGCCAACCUGCCCUGACCUGUUCCCCAAAAACGUUUCUGGGGAAGGAAACUGGCUCCUCCAGAGACGCCCUGGGCAUGCACUGGGCCCAUGUGCAGGCUGAAGGCUGGUCCCCGCGGGGAACAUGGGCCUCACAAAGGUAGGAGUUUUCUGUCCACUCCAGGGGCCUGGGGGACACUGCCAGCUCCUUCCACACGCAAUGAGUGACACAGGGGUGUUCGCCAGGCAGUUGAGAAUUUCACUUAAAACCAAUCCCGUAAGGGCGGCCACAUGCCCCACCCACCCCACUCACCAGGGUCCUUGUCCCCGUUUCCAUCCUUCCUGCUUCAGCUUCCGCAGACCUCAAUUACAAAAAGUGGGAUUAAAAUGUCACCUGUCCUAA